ACAAAUGUCAUUCGCUUCACAAGCGUGGUAGCCACGGCCGGUGUUCUGAAUAGAACCGCAGGCGGUAGCAGGAGCGGCACGACACAGUCGGCGACGUCCUGUUCCCAGCAGCAGUCGAGCAGCGUGGCGCGGCUGGCCUCGGCCGGCCCCAAGCUGUCUCGGGGCGGCCUGUGCUGCGUGCACGAGGGGGCCACCACCGACGACGAAGCGGACGACGCGGCUCGCCAGUCCGCGGCUGGUCGGCGGCCGCCCCCGUCGCAAGUCAAGGUGGCGCGAUUCCACGAGCUCCGGCGGCAGGCCUCGGCCUCGGCCAAGGCGUCGCCUGAACAGCGGAAGCGAGAGGCAUCGCCACCGCUAUGCCACGUCGAGCUGCGUGGCAGGCAGGUCGUCAAGAAGUCCUCGCCGGACUCGAAGGUGACCUUGUACAUGGAGAAACGAGAAUUCUGUGAUCUGGGAAGUUGCACAGAGCCCGUAGAGGGCGUGGUGGUGCUCGACGCCGACCAGCUGCAGCCCAACGAGCGGCUGCUGGUGGCGCUGGUGGGUCGGUUCCGGUACGGCCGCGAGGAGGACGAGAUCCUGGGCAUGACGCUCUGCCGAGAGGUCUACCUGGGACACACGCAGCUCUGCCACGAGCAGCCCAGCUCGCCCCGCACCCCGCAAGCCGCCACCGGAUCCUCCACCGCAGAACCGCCCAAAUCCCCCGGCCGUGCCCUGUAUGCCAUGCAGCUAGGACCCGUGCACCGCCGGUUGAUGGACGCCCUGGGCGAAGCGGCCGUGCCUUUUCGUUUCGAGUUUCCCCGCGACGCACCGGUGUCGACAGUGAUGCAGCGGCUGACUCCUGAGUCCGGAGAUACGUGCGGAGUCCGGUACCUGGUCCGGUGCUACACUUUGCUCGACGAAGAAGAGACGCCGGCGCAGAGCAAGAGCUGCGUGAACAUCGGCAUCCGCAAGGUUCAGUGCGCCACCACACCGCGGCCAAUCAGCGCGGGUCCUCGGUCGGCGUCGCUCACCAAGGAUUUCCCUCUCAACGCUGGCAAGCUGGUGGUCGAGGCCAGCCUCGAGAAAGAGCUCUACUUUCACGGUGAAGAGAUUGUGGUCAAAAUAAACGUCCAGAACCAUUCACAGAAAACGGUGAAGCACAUCAAGGUUUCGAUCCUCCAAGUCGUGGACAUCUGCAUGUUUUCUACGGGCCGCUGGAAAGUCUGCGUCGCUACAGCAAAUGGGAGCAAGGACGACUGCCCCGUGCCUCCCGGCUCGACGGUGGAGCGUCGAGUGUCGGUGACGCCAUCGCUGGAGGAGAACCGCCAGAAGUACGGCGUCUUCGUCGAGAGCUACAAGGGCGACGACGUCCACUGCCUCGCUUCUUCAACCAUCAUAUCGGACCAUGCCAGGAGGAACCUGUUCGGCAUCGUCGUCUCCUACGAAGCGAAAGUGAAAGUCUACCUUGGCACACUGAGCUCCCUGUCGGGGCGAGGCGAGAUGGCGUGCUUUGUGCCGUUCUUGCUGAUGCACCCGCGGCCCGCCGAGUCGCCGGUGGAUCCGAGCCCCGACGAGACGCUCACCGCGACCACGUCAUCCAGCAGCGCCAAACUCGUGCCGGCCACUGACCUCGAAGAAGUGAUCGCCGAGUCCUCGGCGCGCACGGGCGCGGCCGUCCUGCAGGGACCGCUGGAGUCCAGUCCGGGCGGGUCUGUGGACGUCCUCGGCGAUAGCCCCACCGAGACCGCGACUUCGGCUGGUUCCUCCUGCGAAGACGAGCUCGUCCGCAAGUUCGACGAAGUCAACACCAACAGCGACUGAGGCUGCGACAAGCCAAAAACGACCGGUUGUUCAUCCGCCUUGUGUGCGGCCCAUCUGUGACAAGUGCAUCCGCCAGUUGGUGUGACCACGCCGCUGGUUCAGAAAUGCAUUUCCUGCGAGAUCCGAGAGCCCCGUCUCGCGCGCAGUCCCGACCGGACUCGUACGCUCCUGUCGGGCGUGACUCGGUGGUCUUUGCCGAAAAAUGUGAUGUUCUCUUUUACGUAACUCUGCAGUUCCCGGCAAGGACUCGGGAGGACUUGCCAAUCCCAGCAGCGCUUGUUAAUGUCCGGUUACAGAUACCGCAGCUGAGGCGGUAGUGAGGAAAAAAAAUGCCUGUUUCAUAUUGCAGUUUCUAGCACGUAGGCAUGCAAUGGUCUUUACUUCCUACUAGCUCGUCAUGGUUACGAGAACUAUGACUGCGAAGAUCGACAUGCUUGAGCUCUCAACAGUUUCUCAGUACGCAAGCUCUGCUCUGCAAAGGUAUCGCUACACGAGCGGCAUCUUUGCGAAGCUGCGCUUGCACGCGUUCUUCUCGUGAAAAUCUAUGGGCGUCGAUAGUGUCGGCGCAUGCGCGCGAAGUGAAUCAUGUGUACUGCAAGGACUGGAAAUGUACCGAGAUUUACGAUACGCGCGCACUGCGAAAUCAGCCGCUGGCGCCGCUUGUGGCGCACUGCGCCAUAUUUCUGAUUUUAUGUGCGCGUAUAUGCUAAACGCUCCUCAGUGUUUAUGUGCCACUCUAGGGAGCUGUUUGACACUGUGAAUCAAGCUUGUUGUGGUUGUCGUGCUGCUGGUGACACGAUGUGUAUAUGCUUCCCUGUGCGAGCCGAGAUUGUCCUGUACGAAACACCACCGGUAUCCGCCUUGUUAAACGCUGACGCGGUGCAUGCCUUUGUUUUUUCUCUCUCUCUCUCAGUGGUGCUCAUCUUGCGCCACGGCACAGGGAUUUUCGCGAUGUUUGUACGGAGCCUCUGACAAGCUGCGACUACAGCACGAAUCCUCAGGAGGGCUGCGAGCUACUGCACAUUGUCGUUCCUCCGGUUCUUGUUGAUGUGAGCACCCAGGCUGGUAUCUGGGCGACCUUGUUCUGCUACGUUUUGUAGUGAAUAGCUGUUCUAUAUUCCUCGCGUUGUUGUACUGGUGCCAUGAUUUGUGAUCUUUUAUCAGACUAACACGAGCUUAUGGGGACCACGCAGUCUUGGAUUAGCGCAGAUCAAGAAAGGGCCGCGAUACGGCAAUUACGCUUGACGAAGAUCUUCGGUGACGGUCGUAGCCCAGGUGUGAUUAUGUUGUAAUCGAAGCGUUGUGCCAAAAUAUAUACACAAACAAGUACUAACACGGUAAUCGCUUGCUUGUGGUCACAGCCGCGAUAAGAGCGAACACAGAUCGAGUGGCUACGGAAAUGGUAUCAAGAAUUCGUUGGCGCGUAAAAGACAAUGAGAGCGGGUAGCUAACUAAGCCUGGAUGUUCGUUUAAGCGUCCCCGGACCAUACGUAACGUGUUUUGUGAUGUGAUGUGAUUAGCACAGUUGCCCUCCCUCAGUACUCUUCGUCGUGACUUUCUGCGAGCCCGAGAGGUCAUUCGACGACCGAAGAAGCACGCACCUGAAGCAUGCACACGGCAUUAAGCCCUUUUCCUGGGCUUCUUUGAUUAAGUAUUGUAUGAAAAAAAAAGCUGUUGUUGUUUUGUCUCGCUCGCUUGCCGAGUCUCAACGUAAUCGCGGCCAGGCAACCCGCGCUGCACAUGGAGCCUCUGUGUUUAAAAUCAACUGUGUCUCGUGUAGCUUCCCGACUGUGAAAUAGCUUAGAGUCUAUAUACGGGGGAACAAUCGCGUUGAGCUCGAGUUUGCACGCAACGCUGCCACUUUAGUUGGAAUUGCGUGGGCAACGCGGACGCUACAUUCACACCUGCAUUUAGAGAGCCACUACUAUGUGAGCGAUCUAAGGGUAUCCGGCUCAUCUUUCACUUUCUCUCCACAGCACACAAGUAAAAGCGAUCUUUGCGAGUGCUUGCAAGCGUAGACGGCACGUUAUGCGUUUCUCUUUACACAGUGUUUUAUUCAGCGCUACCCCCCCUCCCACCCCCGACGCCGAAGUCAUCCACACACGUGAUUACCGCGCUACUGCUUCGCUUCCGAAAAAGUUCUCUAUUUUGAAGUACACUCGUCCUAUACCCCGCUCUCCCUCCCAACUGUCGGCGCAGUAAUUUAAGCGACGGCGGCGGAAGGCGCGUAGCGUAAAAGCUGAACUUGCAAGUGCCUGCAUGCGUGCUGCGGCAACGGGGUGCUACAAACUCGCACUCGAAGGCGAACUGAACAAACAAACGAAAAAGAGAGAGAGGAACUUAACCAGUGGUGAGCGCAGACGCCACCCGUUUGCUGCCAGACUGCAGGCAUUCGUGUAAGUCACGAAGCGGACCAUUGCCCCACUCCCUUCUGUUCUUGUUUAUCGUUACCCUCGCGUCGGCAGGGGCCGCACAGUGCUCCGCGUGUACAUACAUUUCUAAACCACGUGCCGCGUCCGGUGACCAGCGCUCUCUAUAUUUGAUACGAAACACAUACGAUACCGCGGCACCCUUGCGGGAAUAGAGGAAAAUAGUAAAAACACUGGAUAUUAGCAAGAUUCGCCCCACCCCCCCUUUACUUCUCGUUCCAAAGCACCCGCCGUCACUCGGCUAACGAGAAAAGUUGCGUGACGCCCACCUUCGUAGCAGUAGAACAAAAAACAGCAAGAGAAGAAGCUACCGUAGAGGCAUAGCGCGCGGUGUUCAAGCUCGCCGUACUAAGCAUACGGCCUGCCCUAGUCGGUCGUCCCUUACUUGUCGAUGCAGACCGUCCCACCUCCUCGUAAAUCAUUCCGCUGGCUAACAUCAGCGACCGCAGGAACGGAAGAGCGUGCUUCAUCCCCCAUCCAUCUCCUCGAGUGCGGCGCAACUCUUCCCCCGAGGGCGACAUUGGUUGCCGCGAGUCUCACUCGGCGUCGUCCGCGGCGCUAAGGUGCCUAACAGCCGUCAGUGACCCGGCGGGCCUACGCGGAUAUAUUUCUUCGACGAUGUACAAAAGGAAAUGGCUCCUCUCAGCUGACGUACGGCGCCGGAUUCUCAGCAAACACGCGACGCAGCAUUGUCGAGAGCUGACCGCCCGCCGUGUGGUGGAGAAUGAUAAGGGACGGAUGACUUCGUUUUUUUUUUUGCGCACGUUUGAGCUUCGCUAAAAGGACGUGUCGCUCGAGUUCCCGCUGUUUACGCGAUGAGUGCACCGUGACUUACUUACUACAACCAUCACUACCACCAGAUCUACUACUACUACUGCACUGUACAGAUAUGUACGUCUAUGUACACGCGCACUGUACAGACUUGGGGUGUGUAUAGCUUGUACACGUGUACAAAAGAUGGGCAUUGUUAGCCGAGAGCUUGUUGCUUGUCUUGUUGAUGGUAAACAUGCAUAUGCGACUUAUUCUACGCGUGUACAAAGGAGAAGUGUGUCUUGGCUUCGAGGCUGUGUUGUUUGGCAACGGCGACGCUCCCUGCUGGUGACGCUUGUCACAGGCUUCUUCACCUCAUGAUCACUGAGCUCCAGAGAAAACGAGCUUCGCCUGAACAUAUU